UGGUCCUAACAGUAGUAACAGUGUUUCGAUCUUCCGUGUAAGCCGUUCGAAGCGUUCUUCUGUGGCGAUUUGUGGCGGGCGUUAGUCAAAUCGUUCCGUUUCCUAAACCGAAUCACUUUCCGAUAUCUGAAACAAAUUCACUCGGGUUUGGAGGAAAUCAGAUCAGAAUUGAACCGGUGUAGUGAUUCAAAGUGCAAUUUAAAGCAGUGUUCAACGUGAGUAGCCGACUCAACCAGAUCAUCCAGUAACGGGGAGAUCUUCGGCUCGGUACGAAGGAAACGCUACGCUUGAGCUUGGAUUUCAACGGCGCCCCCUGUGCAGCGCAUGGAUAGUAUCAAGAUGUGUUCCCGCAAUCUAGCAAUUUCGUUGGCAUUGAUUAUCGCACUGGUACCACUGUCAACUGUCGCCUUACCUCACCACAGCAUCGUGAAGCGCAGCUCUUUUUUUGACAUAGAAUGUAAAGGACAGUUCAACAAACAGAUCUUCUACCGGUUGGAUCGAAUAUGCGAAGAUUGCUACUCGCUGUUCCGGGAGCCCCAGAUUCUGUCCUUCUGCAAGGAGGGCUGCUUCGGAACGGACUACUUCUUGGCCUGCGUAGAAGCACUGUUUCUCGAGGAGGAGAAGGAAAAGUUCAUGAAAUGGCGCGAAAUGCUGGGCAAGAAGAAGUAAGCGAAGCGUUUCGAAUGGAUCGACACCGAUAGAAGAAGAAAAAACAACAACAACAACAAACGCAGUCGUUGCAGUGUGACACUUUUUGCUUCUUGUUUUGUGAGCAACCAUACUCCCACUAUCUCCUACAUGGGACCGGAUGGAUGCUCUCACCGUAAAGUACAUGCUAUCGGUUUUUCCCCCGGAAACAAUGAGUGCAGAAUGGAACUAAACCAUCUAUAAACAUAGUGUACACGACCGUGAAUGUUUGGAUCCUCUUUUGUGCAGUGCUAGGAAACGUUAUUUAUGCUUAAGUACUUUUUGCGCUUGUAAAAUAUUAUUACUAUCCCAAUUACUUUUAUCACAGAGCACACAAAACAUGACUCAACAUACAUCUUUGCCAUUAAGUUAAAUGUUAAACAAACUCAACAAAACAAAACGCAAAAGCAAAACAAACAACGGCUUCUGUUUGCUUCCCUGAGCCUGUGUUGAAAACAAACUGGAGGGGGGAGGGAUAGGGCUAUUGUUGGAAAUUACAUCUGUACAUAAUUAUUUCACAUAAAGAGAAUCAAGAGUACAUGUGCUAGUUAAAAUUAAAAGCUAAGGGCAAAGCAGGAACAGAAGAGAUGCUGGUAUGGUUGGCCACUACAGUAUAGGGAGCGAGUAUGUUAGAGCGAGGGAAGAAGUGUUGGCUAAAAAGGGCAAGGACUGUGUAGAAAGCGUAGCAUUGCUAGACGGCCUGGCGGACGGUAUAUAGGAAUAUGUAUGAUUGCGACAAAAAAGAGGUAUUUAUUUUAAUCCUUAAUGCGAGGAAUAAGAAACGGUAAUUUUAUUUUAUUUUCAGCCUAUGACAUACAACGAAACACUGUAAAACGAAUCAAUUAAACCUCCUUAAUUAUGUAAGCGGCGAAAGUGAGCAGAUUAACUUAUUUAGUUAUCAGUGCAUUGUUAAGACAUUUGAAAACAAACAAAAACAAUAACAGAAAAACACAAAGAACGUAGAGAAAAGCGGUUAAAGCAAAGGAUGAAAACAAGGAGAGAGAAAAACAUUGCUGUGAGAGGAAAAAAUACUAGUGAAGGCGUAAUAACGCACAAGCAAGUACGGAACCUAGGACCCAGAGCAACGAAACUAAAUCGCACAAAGAGGGGGAAAACAUCAUUUAGAAGAAAACAAAAGCAAGGAUCAUUUAGUGCGAAUUAGGAAGAAUUGUAAAGCGAAAGGCGAACAAUCGACGAGCUGGGUGAGGAAGCGAGUGCGAGCUGAUAAUGUUGUGUAUGGUGCUAAGCUGUGUCAAGUGGGGAAGGUAAUGGUCGUCGCCUAGAUGAUAGCCGUUGGCCAUUGCCAUUCCCCAAAUCCUGCACACACGAUUGCUACAGAGGACUGGUGGUGGUUUGGCAUGUAGAACAGACACACACACAUAUUUACACAUUGGAAAUCGGUACGAAGCAAAUCCUGCAGGAGGGAAAGUUUGUUGCCUAUUUUGAUUGAUUCUGUGCUUUUGAUUGAUGUUUCGCUUUGCUCUUCUUUACUAUUGCGUUCAAGAAGAUCCAACAAGGUGUAACAUCGCUGUAUCUUUCUCUUUUGUUCGAAGUUUCGCAGCAAAGCUCCAUUAGUGGAAAGUCAAGUUCGACUAACCACCCUUCCUCGUCAACCAGGGAGUGUGAUGAUCAUCCCCAUCUCAACCGCUUGUGUAAAAUGUGUAUUUAUGUUUUCAGCGAACAGGGAGAAGCGAGAAUUAUGUAUGUUCUAUAUAUUUGAAAUCUAGUCCAGAAAGCACACACACUAACCUUUAGUUUUUAUUCUAAUGCUAUAUUAUUGUAAUAGCGUGUGUGUGUGUGGGCAGGUGACACGGAAAAGAUGCUGAUCACACAUAGAGUAAAACACACGACAAUGGAUUAACACUGAACUGAACAGAAGUGAAAACAAAAAUACCGUCAUACAUACAGCUAUAUACACAAUUUUCCAUGUUUCCAGUACCGAUUGUUAUAGUUCUAGUUUCGUUUUCUGCGCGCCAGAAUUCAAAAAAUCAAAAAUUCAAACCAUCAUCCAAUUGGUAUACAGUUUUGUAUUGAAAAAAAACACAUAUAUCCACACAACCGAAUAAAACGUGUUGCUGCUUACUGAACGAUCCAAUGACGUAUAUAAGAGCUAAUCACAUCGUGACCGAUAUUGUUUUUUUUUUGUUCGAUAGUAAUGUUUUAAACACCAACCAGCGAAGGAAAUCAAUUUUGACAUUCCUUUCUAGACAGUAUUUUUUCUCCAACUAUGAAGGAAUAAUUUUCGUUAUGCUAUUUUUAUCGUUAUCACUAUCUCGUACAGCGUUUAAUUUAAGUUUUUUUUUGUUUUCUGCUUCCAUCUAAGAGAACCCCCGAUCAACACUUGUACAUCCACAAAGCCGAACAAAAAGUAAACUUUUUCUUAUAUUUUCUUCUUCAAAACUCUGGAAAGGUUACGGCAAAACCAUAUAGACACAGCCCAGUUGGGUUGAAUGAGGAUUUUUUAUACAGAUCGUUUGAUUUAAACAAUGGUGGUACCUCUUCACAACCAGUUGAGCUAAUGUGUGUAGAUAAAAAAGAAGCACAAGUCAGUAAUAAGUACUGCUCCGUGUAGCGGACAGAAUACCUAUAUUUGUAAAAUCGUAUCUAAAAGAUACAUACCAACCAAUGCAAUGGACAACAUGAGAGCAAAAAGCAAAAACAAACGAUCCUGAACCAGUUGACUAGCGUGUAGUACACACCACAUUCAAAUGAGCCACUUCGUCGUAUGGUCUAAUGUACUGUUAUUUUGGAGCAAACAGCAAACCGCUUUGUUAAACUUUUAGAUAAACAGAUGGUAUACAUAGUAAGCACCUCCCAAAUGCAAAACAAAAUU